AUGGGCGCAGGCCGGCGAGGCGUCGACAUGGGGCCGUCGGCGUUGCGGCUGGCGGAUUUGUUCACCAAGCUCGCGGAGCUCAAGGACGUGAGCUCUGUGACAGACACAGGCAACAUCCACGUGCCGACGCGAGAGGAGAUGGCCGACGCCGGCGAGCUUGACGACAAGGUUGUCAACGCCCGCAACCACCGGCCGAUUGGGGCAGCGGUCGCGUCGCUCACCGAGGUGGUCGAGGACAUUGUCACCCGCGGCUCGGUGCCGCUGGUUCUCGGCGGCGACCACUCGCUGGCAGCCGGCUCGAUGUCGGGGACUCAGCGGGCACGGGUUGCGGCCGGGCAGGCCAAGGCCGGGCUGCUGUGGAUCGAUGCGCACAUGGACAUGAACACGCCCGAGACGUCGCCGUCGGGCAAUCUGCACGGCAUGCCCCUCGCGGCACUGCUCGGCCUCGAGGUGCCGGGCCUUUCGGCGGCCGUCGGUGGGCCCGACGGCAUGUUCGACCCGUCGCGGGUGGCGUGCGUCGGCAUCCGCGACGUCGACCCGGCCGAGCGCGACAAUAUGGCCAAACUCGGGCUCAUCGAGGACCACAAUGUCUUUACCAUGUCCUCCAUCGACCGCCACGGUAUGGCCAACGUCAUGGAGCGUGCGCUCAACAUCAUCGCUCCGGGCGUCGCUGACUCGUUUGCGGUCUCGUUUGACGCAGACUCGCUCGACCCGUCCGUGGCCCCGGGCGUGGGCACGCCCGUGCCCGGCGGCAUCUCCUUCCGUGAGGGCCACCUCAUCAUGGAGAUGCUCGCCCGCCACGGCGGCAUGUGCGGGCUCGACGUCGUCGAAGUCAACCCGGUCCUCGACACGCGCAACGCCACCGCCAAGGUUGCUGUCCAGAUGGUGCUCUCAGCCUUUGGCCAGACGACACUGUGA